GUGGUCGCCGAGUACUAUCGCUAAUACUCCGGCUUCUUGCUCCUCUUAUUCCGGCCUGGCUGUACGGGAGGGCGCUCUGGUUGCUCCGCAGUCGAAGGGAGAAGCGGUCCGUCACGCGACAACCUGUUUCUUCCUCCCUUCUUCCUUCCAUGCCUGGAGCGCGCGCUCAUCGUGUAUCGUACGGAUGACGCUGGAGCGUGUCGGCGGUGGAAGACCACGCUCGUCUUCCGAGGAGCCAUGAGCAUCGGAGGCAGGAGGCGUGCGCUACUGCUGCUAGGGAGUGCGUGGAGCAGUUGCCGCUGGAUUGACGAGGAACGCCGUGCCGGCCGUUGAUUCCGCGGCGUUCGGAGGUAAUCGGCAUCGUCGUCGGGUGCCUCGUUGACUCCUGACGUGGUCCGAAACAGAGGGGCGACCGAAAAUUAGGACACUGAAAGCGAAACCAGCGCAACCAGAGACCCAGCGUGGCAUCAACGUCGUCGGCGUCACCGUUCAGCCACCGGCACCUCCUCAGCGCCAAAGUCGGGGCGAACACGAAACAAUGGUGGCCUUACCCGUGCGCAUCGGUGCGGUCGUUUUCCUGUGCAACCUGGUCGGAGCCGGAAUCACGGAGCAGGCCACCAAGCUGCUGCGUCGAACGCUGGGCGGGACGCCCUCGGUGUCGAGCAAGUGCAUGCAUGGCCUCGGGUGCUUCGAGAACGACGACAUCUUCUACCACGUGAUCCACCGGCCCAUCAACGUGCUGCCCGAUGACCGCGAGCGCAUCCGCACCCGGUUCCUGCUGUUCACCAAGCGCAACCCAAACGAGCCGGAGCUGCUGAGUGCCGACGGCAUGGUGGGGCCCGUUGAGGACUCGUUCUUCAACGGCUCGCUCAAGACCAAGGUCGUCGUGCAUGGUUUUAUGGACUCGCAGGAGGUUGGCAAGUGGAUGGUCAUCAUGAAGGACGAGUUUCUGAAGCAUGAUGACUACAACGUGAUCGUGGUCGACUGGAGCCGAGGUAACGGGCCCCCGUACACAAAGGCGACGGCCAACACGAGAGUGGUGGGGGCCGAGCUCGCGUUGCUCAUAUCAACUCUGCAGAAUGCGACCGAUGCCUCUCCAGCGGACUUCCACAUCAUUGGCCACAGCCUCGGUGCACAGAUAGCUGGGUACGCCGGCGAGCGCAUCGACAAGAUUGGAAGGAUUACUGGAUUGGACCCUGCCGGGCCGUACUUCUUCCACAUGCCGCCGGCCGUGCGGCUAGAUCCCACCGACGCUGCCUUUGUCGACGUGAUCCACUCCGAUGCAAGCCUGCCGUUCAGCAUCGUCGCGAACCUUGGUUUCUUCAACGAUAAAGGCUUCGGGAUUGACCAAUUGGUCGGUCAUGUGGAUUUCUACCCAAACAACGGCAACCGGCAGCCAGGCUGUCGCAUGCAGCACAUCAACAGCCUACUCCUGGAAGGCAUGCUGGAGAGCGUUCGACGCCUCGCAGCCUGCGACCACCAGAGAUCGGUGGACUACUUCAUCGCCACCAUCAACAGGAGGCUAUGCCUGCCCGUCGGGGUGGCCUGCAGGUCUUGGGAAGAAUUCAUGGCUGGACGCUGCGGUGGCUGUGCUUCGGGUCGGGGUCGCUGUGCCAUCAUGGGCUUUCUUGCCGACAAAGUGCGGAGGCUGCCUCGAAGGAGCGGCGAUCGUACUCGGGGAAAUACCGCCAAGCUUUAUCUAAAGACGGACCCGGACCCACCGUACUGCCUUUUUCAGUACCAGAUAAUAGUGAAGACGACAAAAUCUGUGCCACUCUGGGAUCUCUUUGGUGACGUCCAGUUGACCCUCCCAGGAGUGGAUCAAAAAAUUGCCAUCCGGAUGCACAAAAGUCCGCAUAGCAUGAAGCCCGGUGUUAAGUACACCUCGCUACUCACCACAAAGAAGAGGCUCUUCGAUGUGCACAACGUGACGUUUCACUGGAACUCACUCGUGGGCCGACGGGCGGACAGCGAGAACCUGGGGCCCGUGCCACGCAUCCUGUACUUCAAGAUUCGGCCGCUAGACAUGCACGUUCUCUCGAAAAGGCGAGAUGCGCGAACCCUUUUGGUUUUGUCUUCUUUCUGACGAGACCAACGCGCCUCGAUUAACUGUGAGAAGACGUGAGAUGCAUUCCUUAGAAGGUUAAUGGGUUG